CACGGCUUGGACCCGGUCAAGACUCACCACGGUCCACGCAGCAGCGGGCAGCGAGGAGGAGAAGAUGCCGCCGCCCGUGCCGCCGGAGGAGCGGCGGAAGCCUUCGCCGGCGGAGUCCCGCCAGUGGACGCAGCGCUUCUUCCAGGUCCUCGGCGCCGGGGAGCCCCUCCCGGCCCCCGCGGAGCUCCCCGCUGCCUACUCCGCGCUCGUCCGCGGCGUCCUCUCCUCCGCCGCCGUCUCCUCCUCCGCCUCCCCGCGCGUCUCCUGCACGCUCACCGUCUCCCCCGCCGCCGUUAACGGGUACAACACGCUCCACGGCGGCAUGGUGGCGGCCGUGGCGGAGGCCGUCGGGAUGGCGUGCGCGCGCGCCGCGGCCGGCGACAAGGAGAUGUUCCUCGGCGAGCUCAGCACCGCCUAUCUCUCCGCCGCCCGACUCAAUUCCGAAGUGGAAGUUGAAGCGCAGAUACUCAGGAAGGGCAGAUCCGUGGUGGUUACUACGGUUGAGUUUAGGCUCAAGGAUACCAAGAAGCUCUGCUAUUCAUCUCGAGCCACCAUCUACAUCAUGCCUGUGGUGAGCCUGUGAAAAACCACAUGGUACGUGGAUGACCAAGUGUUUGUUUACACAACAAUUACUGUGUAGUAUAUAUAUGUGCAUAUAUAGCAAAUCUAUAUAUGCCACAUUCACAAACAUAGAUGAGAACAUUAUCAUAUGCCUAUCCAGCAACCUUCCAAAGCUCAGAUGCCUUGAAAGGCUUCCCUUUAAGUUCCGCAUCCUUGUUAUUUUCACUUGGAACUUCAGCCAACAAUGAAUGUAUGUUAGUCAGGACAUCCAGACAAGAAGUAUAUAAAAGAUUAAACCAUGCGAGCUAGUAUAUGAUACAGUUCUGUUUUCACGCUUUGA